AUGCCCAUCUUGCGGCGGCAGAGGGGGAAGGGGCCUUGGAGUCAAAGCUUCGAGCUCACGAACGGCGUGCUGAGCUUUCUCUGUCAACAGAAUGCAACGAGAGGACUGAAGCAGAGGCCAGUGGCCACGGCGGCGACCCAGAUUGGCGAGCGAGGCAUGGCAAAGGGCGUACGGCCGAGAGCAAAAGGAGUUGCACAGGAGACGAGCACCGAGGUGAUGCGGGGCUGUCGGAAGAGGAGCGGUAUCUUGUUGGCUUGCUGGAGCGGCGGCGAGCAAGCAACCUGCGCCGGCGACUCAUGCUUCUGUCGUCAGCACAAGCGCCUCUUUGGAGAGGCCGCCGUCACACAAACCUCCAACGAUUGGGAGAGCAAUGGGGGCAAUCGUGGCAGGAAAGGGGGGUCGGCUGAGGAGGAGGCGCCCCCUCACAAACGGGCGAGGCGGAACAAGGCUUUCUGGGAGGCGCACAAGCAAGGCUCGCAAGGUCCAGCCACAAGAGUGGGGUGGGGCGCUCGGCCGCCGGCAGAAGCGAGAGGCAAGGAGGCAAUUCGAGGCUGGGUGGACGCGUGCACGAGCUGCUCGUUGGCUGCACUAGCGGUCGCUAGGGGCCGAUGCGAGCAUGAAGAGGCCUUGAGGGUUCGCACCCCCGUCAUGCUCCUCACGACUGAGGCCGUCCAAGUCACAAAAUCCAAGCUGGCACGGUCGAGCGAUGCGCACGCCGUCCACAACCCGCUCGUGACUUCGCUCGACCGCCCCGUUCCUGUGAGCAAGCUGAGGGAUUGCCACUUUCAGGAGCUGUCGGAGAAGGGGCUGUUGAGCGCGCCCUGCCCCAUUGAAUCGCCGGCGUGCGGCGGCCCAUGGGUCGAGGCAUGGAUCGAGGCGGACGUGACGGCCUCCCAAUGGAGCCAGCGGGUGCGGGUGCGGAUCUACCACUGCGAGUGCCACCUUGACGAAGCGCACACAAUCCACUUUGACGGCGAGCACCUGGGGCUGCACACGUGGAAUCGGCGGACUCUUUUCGUCCAGGAGAGCUUGCAACUGCUCUUGCGGGGGAUGCAGCACGGGCACAGCUUCAAAGCGGAGUUGGCAACGCAUCAGUCGGCCUUCCAGCGCUCCCCGGAUGCGAUCGUCUUGAGCGAGGAGACAUGGCGCCGGGCAAGCCUUGACUUCUUCAAGCUGGUUGGGCUGGGGCUUCGGGAUUGCUGCUCGUUGUGUGGGCCCCAUCCAAAGCGUACCUCCACGGGAGCGCUCCUCGAGAAGCGGCCCAUCUCCGACCGCGACUAUUGCGGGUCCGGUCUUCAGGGGGGCGGAUUGAAGCGCAAGCUCUUGCUGCUACCUGAGUUGCAAGAAGCGCUCGCGCGCCUCUCCCAACAUCGGCCCAAGGACGAGAGGCUUGAGAGGAGGCUGUCAAAAGUGGAGUAUGAAGCGCUUUUGAACGGGCUGGCUCACGAGGACCCCCAGAUCGUGAAGCGUUUCGGGCCGGAUGAGGCGGGGGGCCCGCUUCCAGAGGACGGCAGACGGCGCAUGCUCGUCGAGCAGUGCACGAUGGUGCGAGACCGAAACCUGGCCGUCUUCGAGUUGCUGACGGGGAUCCAGGCCGACUUUGAGAGGCGAGGGUUGAGCCCAGACCUGUGGCAGCACUGGGUGGGCGAGUGGACGGAGCUUCUGUACUCUCUCGGCGCGCACGACAGCGACGAGGCUCUUAUCGGACCUGGCGCAUUGCAUAUGGCCCGGAAGCUGCUGCUGGGUGACGAGGCAACUCGCGAGGACCGGCGGGACUGGGCAAGGGACGCACCAAUUCUGCGGUGCAUCCUGGAUUCGUGCGGAGGGCUCACGUUCCCGGCUUUCUUCGUGCGCACGCUCUACCACCUCUACCUGCUCGUACUCUUGGCUCAGGGGGGGACGGGAUUCGAGAGCGAAGGGCGGCGGGGCUGGGUGCAUGAGGCGAUCGACCCGUUCGAGCGAGCGGUUGGCCUUCUUACGGAGGCUCGAGCGCGUCCCCUGAGCAUCGAUGAAAGACGACGCUUGGACGAGGUGCGAGGGCUGGCGAACGAGCUGCUCCCGGGGGUCGAAAUAUUGGAGCCAAGCCCCCGGCAGUGGGAGGGGAUGAGCGGUCAUGAGCGCUCGCUUCUGAGAGAGAGGCUGGGGCGCGACAAGGAGGGCGACGAGUUGCACCCGUUGCCGGCAGGGCACGCUUUUCGAGCCGAGCAGGACGCCUUGGCGUGCUACCCGUUUCCCGGAUGGGAGCAGAAGCGGGGUUUGCCGUGGUACAGCAGUUUUGAGCAUCCGGACGGCCGCAGACUGGUGAAGGGGGCCGGAAAGCUCUCGGGGAAGAAGGGUAGCAAGAGCGAGCGGCCGAAAAGGACUAGGGGGGGCUAUGUCUUUGCGUGCCCCCACAGGAUCAUUUAUGGCUUCCAUGUGAUGCUACGCGGGGAGAGCCCAAGGGACACGUUCGUUGUGCUCUACACUCGGCUGAGGCGGGAGGACCUGCCAGAGGUUUUGGUCCACGACAACAGUUGCGCCUUGCGUAACUACUGCUUCCGCAGAGAAUCGGCGCAUUUUGCACCAAGCUAUCCGUCGCUCCACUGGGUAAACACUAGUGCGGUGGAGUCGGUGAACGCCUUUUUGAAGGGGUUUAGGAGUCUGGGGUGGUACUCGGGGCUUGAGAGCUUCAUGGUGAUCUUGCCGCUGCUCCUGGGCGGCAAUAAUAGCUCUUCGAAGCGCGUUGACGACGCCAAGCUUAGCAUCGCACUUGCAGCAACCGUGUGGACGGUAGGGGUGCGUGCUCGGCUGUUGCAGAGAUAG